AUGGUCGAAUGUUUUCACCGCCAACUCAAGGCAUCUUUUAAAGCAUCUUCAGACAGUUCUCACUGGCUGGAACAUCACCCCCUCAUCUUCCUUGGUAUUCGAUCCACGGUUAAGGAGGAACUUGGAUGUACUCCGACUGAACUCGUCUAUGGCACAGCACUCACCUUACCUGGGCAGAUGAUGGAACCUGUUUCAUCACAAGACUUUCCAGACCUAGCACAAUAUGUGCACCGAUUACGGACAUCCAUGUCGCAUUUGUCACCUGCAGGCCCCAGACAACAGAACGUCGUUUCACAUGUCCCAAAAUACAUCAACACUUGGACUCAACUUCGGCCACCAUAUUCCGGGCCCUACAAAGUUAUCAAAAGAGAACCCAAGUAUUUCAUUCUCGAUAUUGGAGGUAAACGAAAUACGGUAUCGAUUGAUCGUUUGAAAAAAGCCUUAAUCGAGGAGGACUUACAUUCAUUUCCCUCCGUUCCUCGAACGGACUUACCAACUCCAGCAAACACCACAGAUUCUGCACAACACCGGCACACCAAAUCGGGAAGAACAGUUCGAUGGCCCGCAAAGUUUGUGCAAGAUUUUCGGAUGAUUUAUAUUGUCUAUAUUGAUAAUACUCACACUGUGUUCACACCACAAAUGAUGGGCAAGUCUUCCAAAAACACUUGA